AUGGAUGAGUUUAUUCGACAAUUAACACAUGAUAACACACAAUUUGACGAUCAAUGGCCAGACAUAUUUACGAAACUACAUAAAUUACCAGAUGAUAUUCCAGAUAUUGAUCAACCUACAUUCAAGGUCAAAUCUUUAAAUGCUCUUGUUGAUUAUGUCUUAGAAGAUAAUGAAGCAACAUCUGGGACAAAAUCCAUUUUCAUUGAUAAAACUAUACAAAAUCUUCUCAAGGAUCCUCUACCAUCAUUGGACGAAUUAGUACAAAUAUUUUGUCGUGUAUUAAAUAUACCUAAUACAAAUAAAUUAUUACAAAUUAAAUUUCUUCAAGCAUUUUAUUAUCAAUAUCGACUUGGUGAACGUUUAUCAAAAUCUCCAUCUGUGGAAUUAAUUGAUUCGAUUCUCGGUUGUUUACAGAAACAUGAAUUACUAAAUAAAGAGUCUAAUGAUAAAGUUCAAGACGAAUGGAAACAAUUUCUAAGAAGAAUGUUUUCAUCACUAGAUAUGGAUACAAACAAAAUAAAUCAUAAAGAAACAAUGAUUAUAAUGAGAAGUCAGUUUCAACAUUUGUACAGAUGGGCUGCUCAUCAUUCUCGACAAUCAACUAUUUGGUCAGACGUUCUAAAUACUCUUGAACGAGCAUGUCCAACUUUAUUCGAUAGUUUUACUACUCCAGAUGAUGCAAAAGUUUAUUUAAAUACAUGUGCUGAACCUUUUAUAUCAACUGAUUAUUGUAAUUUAAUAGCUAAAUCUUAUCAAAGUCAAGCUGAUUUGUUUACAGCUAACUCAUCGGACAUAUAUAUGAUUGUUGAAAAACUUUUAUCUCAAAAUAAAAUCAAAGAAGCUCAAUACUUUGUACGUAAUGUUAUAGUUACUCAUUUCAGUUUAAUAAAUAAUCUUGAAGAAUUACUUCAAAUGUUAAUUCGUAUAUGUCCAUUAGUUGAUAUUCAAUCUCGAAAUCAUUUUUGUAAAGAUAUAAUAUCACCGAUAGCAUAUGAAAUGAAUAGGAAGAAAGCAAAUAAGAAAUUAGCAACAAGUUACUUUGAUUUAAUUCUUGCAAUUCUUGAUUUAAUCAUUAUUGAAGCUCUCCCUUGUGCUUACAGAAUACUGGAGAUAAAUGAAUUUUAUCCAUGGAAACAAUUAGAUAAACAAUUAACUCAUCUUGUUCAAUCAUGUAUUUCUUAUGAUAAGAUUAUCAGCAAUUCAGGAUUUUCUGAUUUGGAUAUAUUAGAAAAAAUUAUCAAAUUAAUUGGUGAACGAGCAAAAACUAAUCCAACCAUAUUCCGUGCAACACAUCAAUCAGCAUUACAAGCUGUUUUAAAAUGGUCAUCAAUUAUCGAUAAUGAUACUGGAAAACCAUACGAUAAAUAUAUUUUUAACAUGGGAACAAAAAUGACUGAAUUAGUUGAUACAAAGCAAAUAACUAUUGAUAACUGCUAUCAAUUUAUAGCAAUUCUUCAGAAACAAAUCAAUGAUAAUGAUGAUACAUAUGUACUGGAUAAAACGUCUCAGUACUUUUUCACAGCUAUUUCUCAAUUAUUAUCAGAGUCUAUUCAACAUAUUAAAACUAUACCAACAGCAUUACAUCAACAAUUAGCUGCCUUCUGUUCAGCAGCACUUGAUUGUUCAUUACAUGAUGAAAAUGGUGGUAUGACAUUUGAACAUUUAGCAGCAUUACAUAUUUGGUUUAAAAUUGGACAAUGUAUUGAUAAUGAAGAUAAUGCACACGCAUAUGAAACAUGUCUUGAUCGAUUAUAUAAAUUAAUCUAUGAUGAAGAAGAAGAAGAAAAAAUGUACUCUUGGUGGUGUACAUUCUGGAGUAUGACUGCGCUGAAAUAUCCAAAUGUUGCAGCUAAUCAUAUUUCACAAUUUCUUCAUGAAAUUAUUGAUCAUAAAAAAAUGAAUCUAUUAGGAUUACUUCCUACAUUGUAUGCUAAACGACCAGAACCAUUUCAUGAUCGUCUUGAUGAUCUUGUACAUGCUCUUUUCGAUGAUAAUGGACAACACCUAGUAUCAAUUGCUUCUAUUUUGAUGGUUAUUAUUAAAACACAUCCAGAAUUAAUUACAUCAUCACAAGUUGAUUAUCUAUUUACUUCAAUUAAAAAUCAUACGGACAUAUUAAAUGAAAGUAGUCAUAUUUUUCUAAUGCUUGGUCAUAUAGCAAAUGCACAACCACACUUAUUAGAUAAAUAUCGACAAGAUCUUGUACAUUUUGUUACAGAACAACAAAAACCACAAGCAUUCAAUUGUCUUCAACAAUAUUUAGUAGCAUCAACAAUUAUUAAUGGUGAAAAAACAGUCGAUGAAUAUCUUACUCUGCUGAUUAAUUUAAUAAAAAAUACAAAAAAUAUUUCAACUGAUCUUAGUUCACAAAUAUUUCAUACAUGUCAAUUGAUUGGUAUACGACAUAAACAAAUACUUGCUACUAAACGUAAUGAUUUGUUACCAUUUGAAUCUAAUUCAACAUGUCGAAUGUUAAUUGAUAUUAUUGAUGGAAAUAAAAUGAGUGAAGAAAAUCAAACAGCUAUCAAUCAUACUCUUGAUGAAAUAGCACAAAUAGAACGACGUGUUGUUCAUACAGAACAGGGUGUUCAAAAUAUAACAAAAUUAGUGAAACGUCAAGAAUUAAAUAUAACUAAUCUUGAUGCACGUGUAAAUACUGUUGAUACACAUAUAAAUGAUAUUAAUGAACAACUUGAACAUCAUGCUCAUGAACUUGAACGUAUUGAUGCCAAAACAUUAAGUUAUGUUCCAACAGAAUGGGGUCGUGAUGUAUGUACACUUCUUAAUGUUCGUGCAAAUAAUGAUUGGCGUUUACUUGGUAAACGUUUUGGUUAUUCAACAAGUGAAUUAAAACAUUGGGCUAUGCAAUUAGAUCCAACAAUGUCUUUACUUAAUGAAUGGUUUAUGACACAUAAAGCUGAUGAAGCAACAUAUGGACUUGUUAAAAUGUUAAAUGAAAUAGGUCGACAAGAUGCUGAACAAAUUAUUCGUAAAGCUAUGUCAAAUGCCGGUGAACUUAUACCAGAUGAUUUACCUAUGGAUAUUAAACGUCUUCCACCUAUUUUUCUUUCUUAUCAAUGGGGUUCACAAAAGGCUGUUGGAAAAUUAAAAACAAAUCUUGAACAAGCUGGUUAUUCUUGUUGGAUGGAUACAGGUGAAAUGGGUGGUGGAGAUAAAUUAUUUGCUAAAAUCGAUGCUGGAAUACGUGGAGCAAAAGUUGUUAUUUGUUGUAUUAAUAAAAAUUAUGCUCAAUCUGAUAAUUGUUCACGUGAAGUUCAUUUAACAAUAAGUACAGGUAAACCAUUAAUUCCAUUACAAAUGGAGAAACAAUCAUGGCCACCUGAAGGAGCACUCGGACCAAUUAUGAGUGAAUAUUUAUAUAUACGUUUUUUUGAUCGAAAAUCAAACGAUGAAAAUUAUUGGCCAGCUGAUAAAUUUACCGAAUUACUUGGUCAAAUUCGUUAUCAUGUUGCACCAGAUCCAGAUAUGAUUACUGAACAAUAUCAUAAUUGGUUUGUACCACGUGUUGAUAAUCUAAUAUUUCUUCAACCAACAACAACAACGCCUACUGCUACUACUACGACUACAAAUGAUAAAAAAGAUAAAGCAAUCAUUAAUGAUGAUACACCACUUGUUAUAACUCAUCCACAAGUUAUGAUUUCAUAUCAAUGGGAUUAUCAAAAUGAUAUUAUUAUUUUAUAUAAUAAAUUAACACAAUUAGGUUAUCGUUGUUGGCUUGAUAUAUUUCAAAUGGGUGGUGGUGAUUCAUUAUUUGAAAAGAUUGAUACUGGUAUUCGUCAUGCAAAAUGUAUUAUAUCAUGUGUUACACCAAAAUAUACAAAAUCAAUUAAUUGUCGACGAGAAAUGGCUUUAGCGGAUGCUCUAGAAAAAUUAAUUCUACCAUUAUUAAUUGAAGAUACAAAGUCAUGGCCACCAGCUGGUCCAAUGGCAAUGGUUUUUGCUGAAAGAUCUUAUAUUGAUUUUCGAAAUCCAAAACCUGAUCAACAACGAUGGAGUGGAAAAGAAUUUGAAUCAGUAUUAGCUAAAUUAAAGCAAGCUAUACCUGAAGUACAAACAGAAAAACCUCAACGACAUUUACUUGAUAUGCAACGACCAACUACAGCAAUUAAACGAAAUGAAAAUAAAUUGAAACGAAUUGGAAGUGCACCAAUUAUACCAGAAAGUCGAGCAUGUUCAAUUAUGUAG